UUGUCUGCAGAGCAGGGACGGUAAUCCCCACGGUCAAGGAUGGCAGCGAGGUAGAAACAAGAUGCUGGCGGAGACGUGGGGGGCGGGCUGACGGGUUUGUACAGAGUGCAGCAUUAGCAGUGCUGUUGGGAGGGCCGGCCCUCAAGGCUCCGGGAGUUGGCCCUGAAAUUCUUUCUGCCUUAUGUUUCUGGAACUGACUCAGUGGUCGAGGGGCAGGACGUUAAUGGCAUUUCCACUUGGGGAUUUCCUUGGCGUCAGCUAGAGGGAGCUGAUGACGAAGGGGAGCAGGGUGGGGGGCAGCUCCAAAUUGAGGCGUGGCCGAUGGAGGAAAGGCCUGUCUCGGGUGGAUGCCGGGGCCGAGGCUCAGCCCCCUGCCCACCUCGUCCUUGUGCCAGGGGCUCCCUCUCGGAGUUGUGAUGAAGCGCGGGGAAGUUCUAUGGGCCAGAGAUGCUGUGGUGCAGCCCCAGGGGCAGGCAGCUGGGGCCAGGAGGGCUGGAGCUGGGACCCCUGACCCUAGAGAGGUCUCCUCAGACGAGCGGGGAGAUUGGGGCCUUGCCAGCAACUCCUGCACAGUGACCGGAAAACCUUAGCACAAGCGGUCACAGGCCUGCCGGGUCCCUGGCACUGCAUGGGGUACCUGGGUAGAGAGGAAUGUAAAGAAGAACAUGGUCAUUGCCUUCAGGAAGCGUAAUAAAUCGUCACCAUUGCUGUCUACCAUGCACUGAGCACUUAACAUGGCAGAUCCUCAACUGAAUGCCACACGUGCUGUCCCUUAAUGCCUUCACCAACCCUGUGUUGUCAUCCCUGCUCUGGACACUGAGACUUGACAAAGGAGAGAUUGGCCCAAGCCCGGUAGGUACAGGGCUGGCUUCACACCGGGGCUGAGUCCAGCGGUUGGCUUACCUGCCGGGCUCUCCAUUCGUCCAGCAGUAUUUGCCGGGCCCGCAGGCCUGGCUGUUGCCCUGAGUUGGGGAGGGAUGCGCAGGUGAAGAGGGCAGGGUCACCGCCCCUCGCCGAGUACACUUCAAGUCAGGAAAUGGGCAGGUACAUGAGGGCAGAGAAUUGACUGCGUUGUUUGGAGGUGUGCCCGUGGUGAGAUGUGAGAGGAGGCAGGGAGGGCGGCCCGGGAGCCCGAGGGCACAGAUGGGCUUUGUUCUGCUGGCGGGACCAGGGCAGGCCGGGGGAUGCAGGCAGUGUAGGCAGCAGUGUGUGGCAUCGGGACCCAGGUCCCGGGUCCUGCUCUGCUGUUUCCUGGCCGUCACGGUCCCUCUCUGGGCCUCCGCCUCCUGUGGUCUCUGAGAGGCCGUCCAGCUCCCCAGCUCUGGAAUUCCCUGAGUUGAGAGAAGCGUGAGCAGAGGCUGAGAGUCGUCCAGAGGCCGUCACCUUGGGUUCAGAUCAAGAUGGGGGCUCAGCCGGGGAAGGGAGGAAGAUGGGGACAACCUGCAGAUGCCUCUAUGCCAGGGAGAACCCGAUUUCUGUAGGUAUAAGUAGAAGUCAAGGAGUUUUGUGGCCAAAGCUGUUUUAGGGGCUCUAGCAGGGUCUGGGGUGUCACAGUGGGGAGACCUGUAGGGCCACACCGUUUACCGACCUCACAGGCCAUCAGCAAACUUUCCUGAGAGUCUCUGUGGGCCCAGCAAUGAGUAACUCAAGGCCCCUGCCCGGAGGACCUUACACCCUGUCCCCCGCACCAGCGGCGGGUGCAGUUUCUGGGCCCUCAGCCUCCCUCUCGCCCUGGUGUUCUGCAACCUGGCCAAAAGUGUGUGUCUUAUCUGCAGGUCAAGUUUGGAAAAGAAGGAAUGUUAUCUUGGGCCAAAGAUCCCUUUUCUCCCUUGGCCUACCUUGGUGGCCACCUCUGUGCCUUUCCCUUUCUCCCGUGGGUGGAGCACAGGCCCCAGAGGGAGGCAGAGUUCAUACCUUACACAGAGGAGCAAACCGCGGCUCAGAGAAGUCAAGAAAACUGCGAAGGGCACACAGAUAGUGCCCUUCCAGAUGGUACCCGCCAGACAGUGGCACACCUGGGGCUGGAGUCCUGGUCUCCUGGGUCUGAGGCAGGUGCUAGUGAUCUUGAGCUGAGUUGGUGUCCUGGCCCACCCCCCUACCCCCCCAGCCCAAUGCAUACCUCACACGGCCUAGCACAGUGCCUUAUACUUAGAAGAGAUUCAGUAAAUGCAGUUGUUUAAUUCUGAGAUGCUGGAGCUGGAUUGUUUAGACUAAGCCCCUUAUGAAGCAGGAGAAAUGUUUAGAGAGGGGAGGGGACUUGUCUGAAGUUGUGAACAGGCCACGCAGAGCAGGGACUAAGACUGGGGCUCCUGACUGCCUGCCAGGACUGUCUUGUCACUAUGCACGGUUGCCCUGUGGCCUCCCCUCCAGUCCCCCUUCUAGCCUGUGGCCUAGGAGAGACACGCCACCCGCUGACUGUGCCUCGGUGGGUGUCCUGGCGCUGUGACCGCUAGUCCUCGCAGCAGCCCCUUGAGGAAGGGAUUGUUGUCUCCGAUGUGGAAACGGGCUGAGAGAGAGGAAGUCGCUUCCCAGAGUCGCCCAGAGCCAACUCCGAUCGGUGGGUAGAGGCAGUCUAGAGCACCACGUCCAGGAGAGUUCUGAGGUCCCCUGCAGAUUGCCCAGGAAGCGGUGCUGCGAUUAACUGUGUCUGCAGUGGAUAUGGCCCCCACCAUGCCGUGGCCCCUGCUGCUGCCCCCGCUGCUGUUGCUGGCCGCAAGCGGGGCCCAGACGACCCGGCCAUGCUCCCCCGGGUGCCAGUGUGAGGUGGAGACCUUUGGCCUCUUCGACAGCUUCAGCCUGACGCGAGUGGACUGCAGUGGCCUGGGCCCCCACAUCAUGCCCGUGCCCAUCCCUCUGGACACAACCCACCUGGACCUGUCCUCCAACCGGCUGGAGACGGUGAACGAGUCGGUGUUGGCAGGGCCAGGCUACACCACGCUGGCUGGCCUGGAUCUCAGCCACAACCUCCUCACCAGCAUCUUGCCCACUGCCUUCUCCCGCCUUCGCUACCUGGAGUCCCUCGACCUCAGCCACAAUGGCCUGGCAGCCCUGCCGGCCGACAGCUUCACCAGCUCACCCCUGAGUGACGUGAACCUUAGCCACAACCGGCUCCAGGAGGUCUCAGUGUCCGCCUUCACCACCCACAGCCAGGGCAGGGUGCUGCACGUGGACCUCUCCCACAACCUCAUCCACCGCCUCCUGCCCCACCCCGCAGGGGCCAGCCUGCCCACACCCACCAUUCAGAGCCUGAACCUGGCGUGGAACCAGCUCCGCGCCGUGCCCGACCUCCACGACUUGCCCCUGCGCUACCUGAGCCUGGACGGGAACCCACUGGCUGCCAUCGGCCCAGGUGCCUUCACGGGGCUGGUGGGCCUGACACACCUGUCGCUGGGCAGCCUGCAGGGUGUCCCCCAGCUGGCACCCUAUGGCUUCCGUGAGCUGCAGGGCCUGCAGGUCCUGGACCUGUCGGGCAACCCCAAGCUCAAGUGGGCAGGAGCCGAGAUGUUGUCUGGCCUGGACUCCCUGCAGGAGCUGGACCUGUCGGGCACCGCGCUGGUACCCCUUCCCGAGAUGCUGCUGCUCCACCUCCCGGCGCUGCAGAGUGUCAGCGUGGGCCAGGGUGUGCGUUGCCGGCGCCUGGUGCGGGAGGGCGCCUACCCCCGGCAGCCUGGCUCCAGUCCCAAGGUGGCCCUGCACUGUGUAGAAGCCCAGGAAUUGGCUGCCAGGGGCCCCGACACCUUGUGACAAAUGGUGUGGCCUGGGGCCACACAACAGACUGCUGCCCUGGGCUCACUCAGGUCCCAGGUAAUUCAUAUUUUAACGUGCCAAUGCCAGUGGGGACUCUGCAGGCUUCUGUGGCAGCAUCAUUGAAAGAAAGGCUUUGGACCUGGACCAACACCCAGGAGCAAAGUCUUGCCCCUUUGUCUGUGUUGCCCCCCAAACCAUUAGCAGAGGGUCUUCCAUGCCAAACCACACAGCAGUCCCCUGCUGUCCUUCCCCACUUGUCCCCAAAGUGCCUUCCCUCAGGCCUGGGCCAACCUGACCCGUGACAGGAAAGGGUGGGAGGGAGAUCCCACUGCGGGGCAGAGGUCAGGUCCACGGCUGAGCGCCCCUGGGCCCAUGGUCUAGUCACUCAGGAGCAUGGGUUUCUUUUAUGACAAAGCCCCCUCUUUGCUCUGGGCACAUGAGGCCCACUUCAUCCUUUUCUUUUCCCCUAGAACCCUGGGUAGAACUUUAGUUGUAGAAAAGACUGGAGAAAAAAUCAAGUCCACCUCCUCAUGUGACAGAUGGGGAAACUGAGGCCUAGAGAAGGAAAAAUGCAGAUCUGAGGUACCACAUCAGCAGAGGCAGCACUAGACCCAGCGUCCUGCCUCCCAGCCGGGCCCCUCUGCGCUUUUCUGACUUCUCCAAAUCAUGCCCUCCCCUCCCCUUCCUGGGCUCCCGCUUGCUGCCAAGACCCACCUCCUGCUGUUUGUGACCUGUCCCUGUCCUCCUCAGGACAGGCAAGGGCCUUGGACUCUGGGCCCUGUGACCGGCUGUGUGGCACAAGCUAGGUCAGUUCACUUCUCAGGGUCUCUGGAAGCUUCAGGCAUGCCAGGCUCAGCCCUGCCAGUUUCCCACUCUGGGGUGGGGUCCCCCAGCAUCAAGACUGGAAAUGUGCCCACUGACCCCUGAAGUGCAUGCUCCCCAAGGAGUUGCUGCAGUCCUGGAGCCCCACCUGGCCCUGAGCUCCGGGGGGCCUCCUGGAUUCAGCCCCCACUGGCCCUGAGCCCAACAGUCCCUGAGACCAUCUCACCCUACUGAGGAGGCAGGGAGCCCCCACCUGUCUAUGCGCCCUGCCCCAGGGUGGCAUCUCAGCUUCCCAGCCCUGGGCUCUUUCCUUAGGGUUCCUUUUAUAAAAGUUGUUGCCUUUUUAAUGGACUGUCACUUUCAACCACGCCACCCCCCACCCCUGCUGGCAGGGGAUGGAAACGUGUCAUUUGUAAAAGAAGAAAAAGUUGCAUUUGUUCACUUUUGUAAUACUGUGUCCUGGGGAUGUGCUGGGAAGAGGUGUUGGAUGGAAGCCAGCCACCACUGGCCAUGUGGGCAUCAGGGGGCGGGGCCCACAGAGACGCCCACAGGACAAUGAGGGCUCUGUCCUCCCCCACCAGCCCCACCCAGCACCUACUGGUCCUUGGUUUAAUAAACACUAUAAAGAGCCCCUCUUUCCA